GUGGCUCUCCCAAGGAAUAUGGCGAACAGAGCAAUGCAUGUAUCGUUUGCAGUAAUAGAUACAGCCAACUCCAUUUGCGUGUUGUGUUUUUCUCUUCUAAUUGCGUACACAGGCUCCGUAACCGCAAAUAGUCAGAAUGUGUUUAGUGCAAGUCAGACGGCGACUGUACCCAUUGCCGCCGCUAGGGACCUACGAUACCUCCUGUAUGAUGUGAACCCACCGGAGGGUUUCAACCUGCGAAGAGAUGUUUAUAUCCGUGUAGCAUCACUGGUGAAAUCUCUGAGGAAAAACGGUGACGACUGGGUGCUCGUGCUUCCCCCCUGGGGUCGCCUAUAUCACUGGCAAAGCCCCAACAUCCACCAGAUCCGCAUGCCUUGGAGCGGGUUUUUUAGUCUUACCAGUUUACAGGCCAAUGUUCCUGUGAUAGAGUAUGAAGAAUUCAUUGCAGAGAAUGGAGGUCCAUUCAUCGAUCAAGUUGUGGUCCUGCAAAAUUACGCAGAGGGAUGGACUGAUGGAAAAUGGGAGGAGAAAGUUGACGUUCGGCCGUGCAUUGACAAGUUGAUGUACAACAAAGAUAAACAGGGCUACUACAGGGGCUGGUUUUGGGGCUUUGAGGAGACAAGAGCUCAUAAUGUAACUUGUAUGUCGGCACAAGGUCAUGCCUCCAUCAUGGUUCCAGUUCUGCAGAAGAACAUUUCUGCGACCUCAAUAAUGCUUGACCGAGCAGAGACUCUCCUCCAUGAUCACUACGCUGGGAAGGAUUACUGGGAUACCCGCCGCAGUAUGGUGUUUGCCAAGCACCUACGACUCAUUGGAGAUGACUUCAGAGCAAAGUACCUCAACUCGACAGAUGAUGGUGACCAUACUGCUUACAAUGAAGACUGGACUCGCAUGAAGACCAAGCUGGGCACCGCCAAAGGUGGCCCCUACCUAGGAGUCCACUUGCGGCGAAAGGAUUUCAUCUGGGGUCACAGAGAGGAUGUACCCAGCCUGAAGGGGGCGGUCAAAAAAAUCCAAAGCCUUUUGAAGAAGCACAAAUUGGACAAAGUGUUUGUGGCAACGGAUGCAGACGAAGAAGAACUGAAGGAGCUCAAGAGGUUGUUGCCCGAGAUGGUGAGAUUUGAACCGUCCAAGGAGGACCUGGAGCUCUUUAAAGAUGGGGGCGUGGCCAUCAUUGAUCAGUGGAUCUGUGCCCAUGCAAGAUUCUUCAUGGGAACAUCAGUGUCCACUUUCUCCUUCCGUAUCCAUGAAGAGCGAGAAAUCCUUGGUUUUAAUCCCAAAACCACUUACAAUCGCUUCUGUGGGGACUCAGAGAAGGAGUGUGAACAGCCGACACACUGGAAAAUAGUUUACUGAUGUCACCUUUUCCUGCAACAGUACACGCAAGUGCCAAAAAACAGUGUUACUCUCAAAGCACAGUAUUACAACUGUUACUAGUUAAGAGGCGUGUAGGAGUUGUGCAAUCAGGUGCCAAACCUUGUAGUAUUUUAAUUUUCAUCACUUCAAUCGGAAAUGUGUUUUAAGCUUCGUGCAGAUCCAAUUUUGGAUUUCUACAUGUUAUUUAUUCUUCAUACCACCAGCAUGACUGAAAAAACUAUGUUUUUAUGUGACUGAAAUUGUAUCUUUAUUUGAGAUUGUUCCAUCAGGACAUUUUAUGAUUUUUCUUGUAAUUGUUUUUCAGCAUGUGGAGUCUGACUUUUUGAAUAUUUUGGUGGCAAUUGUGAUGAGUUUUUUAAUACAGGGUUCCCACGCAUCCUGGAAAA